AUACGCAAUCGUUAUUCAUUUAUUGAGUGAUGAAGGGCAGAUUCGCUACAAAAUAUUCGAAGAUAACACGAUGAUCAAGUGGUGGAUUUUAUGGUGGUUGAUUGGUGUAACUUACAACACUAGAGAACCCUUUUUAGAUAGACUAAACAGAGAAUUAGAUCGCAUCACUAUCGAAUUAAUUAAAAAAUUCGAUUCUUAUGAGUUAUAUUCUGAUGACUUCAUGUAUCAUUACAUUCCCGACACCAAUACGGGGAAUAGGAAAGAAAUUUCGAUUGAUGCAUUUAAUAUUUAUAAAGUUCUUGAGAUUCCUCAGUUUAAAAAAUGGCGAUAUAUCAGGUUCAACAAUGCGGAUUACGUACUGGCAAUACAGCAACAUAGUUUGUCUCUAUGGCGAGAGCCAACAUUAAGUGAAUCGUCUCAAUUUUUUGAAAAUAACCGUUUUUGGCAUGAAGAAUUUGAUGGUGUAGUAAUAGAUGCUCUUAUGUGCAUUAUAGAAAUUAAAUAUAAAAAGAUAUUUCAUCUGGCAAUGAUCGAAUGCAAUUAUGACUGUUUUCUGAGAGUUUUUCAGUGGAAUGACAAUAUGGAAACAAUGAUUCUCGAGACUGUGAAACCGUUAAAGAUGAAAGGCACGUUAAAACCAUUGAAAUUAUGCCAUAUUAAAUCUCAUUACGAGUGGGAUCACUUCUCUCUGAUUAUUCUCUUCGAAAACUAUCGAGGAAUUGAUAAGAUCAUAGAAAAGAGCAAUGAUGAUACUAAAACUUUCGUAACGAUUUUUCACGCAAUCUCUCCAGACGCAGUUGACAUUGAAGUGUUUACUGUCGAUGGACUCGAUUACAUUGCAAUGGCUACACGUACCGCAGUGCAUAUAUAUCGACUAGAUUAUUAUCUAACACGUGCAGAAUAUGUGAAUUCAAUAAAAGGAGCGAAGAUUAAAGAUAUAGAAACUUUUAGGUUGGGUUUUAAGCGUUUCUUAGCAAUUGCUGGGAGUUAUGUACAAAAUUUAUACGAAUGGACAACAGAUGGCUUUUUCGUAAAGCAGAAUUUUUCCGAGAAUGGUGCAAAGCAAUGGUUUAGUUUCUCCAUCCCAACUUGUAGGGAUGAAGUAAUAUUGCUGUUAUUAAGUAACAAAUUAUCUGUAUUUGUAUGGCAUGGAGAAAUGGGAAGAUUUAUCAGAGCAGCAAAAAAUUAUCCUGAAUUACUUCCCAUUCCGGGAACUAUAACUAGUUUCGAACACAUGAGGAAGCCGUAUCUCUUAUUCUUUGAAGGAAGAAAAAGUUCUCUUGUAUCCAUCAACAGUACUCUUAUGGAAACUGAUAAUCCCGUAUAUCAAUUCCUGAGCGUUAUCUCAAAAGAAAUGAAUGAAUUAAAGGAUAUGCUUCUACAACAAGAAUAUAAUAUAAAUUUAAUUAGUAAUGUUUUAAACCAUGCCGUAAAACCGGACACAGAAUUGCUACGUGUAACACAAUAUUUUAAUAAAAUAACGAUCUUUGGCACCCUUCUUGCUGAAACUAUGACUUAUCAAAAUGCCAAGGUUAAAGAUUCUGAAAUAACGAUGGACGAAGCAAAAGGAAAAAUCGAAGAGUUUAGAAUAACACUGAUAAAUUUGGAGGAUUCUGUUGAUCAUCUUAGUCACGAAACUAAUGAUUUUGUUUUGAUUGGGGAAGAUUGUGAAAUCACUGGAGAAAAGAAGAUAAAUGGAAGCUUUGAUAUCUCAGAAAUAAUCACAACCGAUUUGUAUUUAGAAAGAGUAAAUGAUAUCAACGUCACUGCUUUACAAAAUACCUUAUAUCUUGCUCCCGGAACAAUCACUUUUACAAUGCCUUUGUUAAUAAACACGCUUGAAGUUGAAAAUCUGAAUGGUCUCAACAUAAACAAAGAUGUUAUGCUAACAAAUUUCCAUCAAACCAUAACAGGAUCCGUUAAAUGUUCAUCUAUUUUAACUGUUAACGGAGAUAUUACUGUAAGUGGUACAGUGAACGAUUUGAAUAUCGAAAAAGAUUUAGUGAUUUUUAGUAAAGAUCGUGUUGUUGAUAUCCCUCUUCAAUUCGUCGAAUUGGUAGAAGUAAUGGAAGAAGUGGUGGUACCAAUUAUUGAUGGAAUUGUUGUAGAAGAACUGAACCGUACUUCAUUUAAAAAGGUGGGUGAUCAGCAUGUAAGAGGGAAACUGAGCUUCGAAAAACUUUUAAAGUUUAGAUCAUUAGAAGUACAGCAAAUAAAUGGGAAAUUUUUGAAUUUUUCAAAUUUUGCAAGAACUGAUAGAACUUGUAUCAUCGCGGGGGAGACAAGUUUCGAGAAUGUAAUUUUUAAAGAAACUCUGAUUGUUGAAAAUUUAAAUGGGCUUAGAAUUCCAGAUGAUUUAGUACAAAAACAUAAAACGAAUAUGAUUCUUGCGGAGAAAAUUUUUAGUAACGUUAUAGCAGAUGACGUGCGAGUUUUUGGAAAAGUGAAUGGUCUAAAUUUACCUGGAGACGUGAUUGUUUUUACUGUGGAUCAGAGAGUGGAGGAAUAUCAAGUUUUUACUACCGAAGUCAUAAUAAAUAAUCUUCAAAUAAUCGGGUUAUUUGAUGGAAUUAAUAUAACUCGCCUCUACAGAGAAUGGAAAGAUUUCCAAGGAAGUUGGCACCUUACAGAAAGGGGGUCUUCUAUAAAUGUAGAACAGUUACUCGGUUUGAAUGGAACAUCAUUUGAGGAGUUUUAUCACGAUUUAAUAUUUAUUCAUGACGAAGUUGUUGAAAUUACAGGAUCGUAUAGAUUUAUUGAGUCUUUUAAUGUCGAAGACGUUGUGCUUAAUGGUAAAAUUAACAGUUUUAAUAUAUCGAAAGACUUCUUGUUAACUAAAGGUGAUCAGUUUAUUAAAGGAAAGAAAACAUUUAAGGGUUUUGUGACAUGUGAAAAGAACCUAGAAGGAGAAAUAAAAAAUGUGGAUUUGAAAUACCUAAAAAGUAAUUCUAUAUCUCUUAAAGAAAGAAAUGUGUUUCCUAUAAAUAUAACUUUUGAGAAUGUACAAGUAUUGAAUGACUUGGUGGUUGCAAGUACAAUCAACUCGAUAAGUUUUCAUGACGAUGUAAUGCUCAGAUCUAUACAACAAACUGUAACAGGCAAGAAAACCUUUGUUGAAUCUUCUGUGAAUAACUUGACAGUUGACAAUCAUCUUCAAAUAGAUUUUAUUAAUAACGAAAAAGUAGAACGAUUACUGCAAGAAAGGAUAACAUUAGAUUCGAAUCAGGAGUUAACAGGGAUUUAUCAAAUUUUUCACGCAACUGUAAACAAUUUGAAUGUUUUAGGAAGUUUAAACAAUUUGAGGGACUUCAGAGAGUUCCUUACUAGUAUUGUAUCUUUAAGUAAAAAUGAGAAAAUCUAUGGAGAGAAGACAUUCACAGGAACGAGUCAAUUCUUAUGUAAUGUCACUACACGCUAUGGAGUAAAUGGAAUAAACUUCGCAGAUAUAAAUUCGAGAGCAGUAAAAAUAAAUGGUGUAAUUAAAUUUAUGGAUACCAUGAAAUUCGAAGAAAUCUUACCCGGAAUUGUAACGAUAUCAUAA